GGUGGGGGGCUGGAGGUGGCUGAGCCCUGGGCUGCGAGUGCUGGUGCCGCUCCACACCGAGAUGAGCGGUGGCAACGCCUGCACAGACACACCUCAAUUUAGGUGUAAUUUACACAAAGCAGUUGAUGCUGCUCCAUCCUGUACCACUAGACGAGCUGCCCAACCCCCUUCCUCCGUCAGCUCAACGGAGCUUCAGGGAUCGCUCCUCAAGAAGGUGUCGUUGGUCCCUGGGGACAGGACUGGUUGGAGCAGGGAAGGACGGGAAUGGACGACUUGUUCAUCCAGGCUCUGACCAUGCUUUUGUGCGUAGACUGGGGCUGUCUUGUUAUUCCUUCCUUUGCCUUUGUUUUACCAUAUUUAAAAUGGCAGUAAUGCUGCUUUUACUGGGUUCCAGAGGUCCUUUCCAACCCCUACCAUUCUGUGAUUCUGUGACUUGUCUAACGGGUUGUAAAAAGCUUUGAGACUUUCAAAGAAAAUGAAAGGAUGGAUGAAGGACAAAAAGAGAAAAAAAUCCCAAACUUCUAUGUUUGGAUCUUACAAAGUCCCUACAAUUGCAUGAGAAAAUGCAAACCUACCUAAAAUGGCUGUGCUGUUAAGGUAAGGGUUAUAUGGUGAAAGAAAAAAGAUAAAUGCCCCCUUUCAAAAUUAGGGAAGCCUUGCUGUAUGUCAAGGAGGUCAGUAAAAUUAAUUUAGUAUUUUCUGGGUAAACUACAUCCAACCUGCAUUUCAACUUUUCCUCCAGCUUACUGACCUCUUAAAAGAAUAGCCAAAUGUGCCUGUAGAGAAAAGAACUUCUGGCAACUUCUCAAGGAAGGAUACAUUUUAAAGCAAUGCAGAUGUGUAGUGAGUUUUUUUCAAAGCCUGUCACAUAUCUAAUUUGCUUUCUAGAUGUGUAAGUGCCUGAAAUUAAAAAUCGUGUUGAUUUAAAAAAAAAAAAAUCAAGUAAAAUGCUAUUUGUUCCAAACAUUACGUGUUAAUUACAUGAGGCCGUCUCCAAGAACAACGCAAGAAUGUAAGUAGUGCACAGGCCUCUUGCCUAAAGGAAACUUUCUUCAAGUAUUCUACUGAGUAAAGUGUCUUCCUUCCUGAGGUAGUUAAUGCUCAGAACAUGACAUCGUUAGAGUAGGUGGAGUUGCUGAGAGGAGCAGGCCUGCAUUUCGUUCCAGGAGGAGCGAUGGCUCAUGCAUCAGAAGCGAGUCAGACAUCUUGCAGGCUCCCUCUGAACAGUACCCAAUUAGCAGAUGGCCUAAAGAAGGAAUCCAGGGCCCCAUGUGUCCGCACCAAAUCUACACGUCUGCAGUAUCCCUCCUAAUUAUUUAAAAAUGAGUGUUCUCCAUCAUUGUGUUACUGGGAUGAAAGUACACAAACACAAAAUGGGGUGGGUAGGCAAAGCUUUUGUGCCAUCUCUGCUUUUUCCUCCAAUGCUCAAAAAUACUUGCCAGUGGGAGGGAAAAAAAACAGCCACGGGGAAGAAAAGCAAAACCCAACCUCCUUCUUGAUUGUGCCAGUCUUGCAGCACAAAAACCACCAGCAGCGUUCAGGCUGGAGGAGCUGCAGUGCCAAGCGUGGCACUAGCCCCUGCCAGCGCACAGGGAAGUCCUGCAAUGAAAUACGGAAGAGCCAGUUUCUGUUAGGGAUAGGGAAAGGAGAGAUCCUCUGAUCUACAAGCUCUCACUGAGGACGCCUUGCAGAUGGUGAACUCUGUGACAUGUGCUGAUGUUGCUCAGAGUUGCCGGGCCGCUGAAGAGUGGGGAAAGCCUGACACCUGAAAUCUAGAAAAAGGCGCGGACAUGUCUGGUUUCCUAAGUGCCCUUUGGUUUCUGCUAGCCGUCACAAAGCUGUGUUGCUUUGUUCCACACGGGCUGGGGGCUGCUGGGGUUACAUUACUAAGCUGGGAGAGCUCCAGAGGUCACUUUUUUGGCACAGGCUACAUUGGACGGAAUGUCCUGAGUGUGGAUUUAUUGCUGCUGUGUCCUGUAGGGCCCAGAUGAGGCUUGGCUGCCUGGUUUGCAGCAGAGCGCAAUAUACUGAGAGCAUUUGUUCCAACAGACCAUGAAGGACCACCUUUAAGAUAAGCACACUGAGAACCUGCGCUCUGUGCUCUCUUCUCCUCUUUCUUUCAACCCUUGAAUAACUGAAAUGCCAUUUUUGUGUACAUCAGUUAGGCUGGGAAGCUGGGAGAAAGAAUAUCCUGCUGCCAGAUGCUCUUUUUUUUAUUCUAACACAGUUGUUUUUCUCUUCACUUGAUAAAGUUAAAAUAAACAGUCUCAGGGGUGAAUUACAGGCAUCAAAAUUGGAUUGGCAUACAAACUGUAGAGCAGUUGGUGGUUGGGAGUCUGGGGAAAAAGAAACAGCAGGUUUUAGCUAGAGGGGACAACAGCUUUAUUUCCCUCUUGGUCCUUGACAACUAAGCAGAUGUCCUAUGAUUAUUGCUUUACCUUCUAGUAAUAUAGUGUCUUUUCCUAUCCUCCCAGGUACACGACUGGCUCUUUUGCAGAUGUGCAAGUACAUCUCUUCCCUAGUUCAAAGCCGUCUUAGUGCACCGCUAGCUCCAUCUAUUGCCAGUCCUUCAGAGUCCUCAAGUGCACUUGUUAGCAGGACCACUAAACCCUGACAACUGCCCUGUGUUCCUCUGAAGAGGUGCUGGAGUAAGGGGAGCGUGUGGGUGCACAUAACCACUAUCACUGGGUACCCACUGUACUAGGUUGGAAGAGAUGUAAUGUGAUGGUCCCGUUCUGAAGAGCUUGGUAAGUUUAAAAGUAUUAGAAGAAAGCACACUGGGAAAAGAGUGGCAACUGAAAUGAAUUCUUAAGGUUCUGGGCCAAUAUAUAAAGGAGUGCCUGCGUGGUCUCCUGACAGAGAGCAAAUGGUCUGUUCAGCAGUUUCUGUUUAGCAUGAGGAAGGUCAUCUUUGCACUGUUUGAAAUACCCACUUUGAAAAUCCAGGGCUACAUACUUUCAGGCUUACCUUCACCUGGUAUGAUGAACUGUGCUGAAGAAUGCAAACUUUUCUCUUUAUUUUUUUAAAGCAGUCCUGGAGUCUGUUUCUAGCCUUAACAAAGCUGCAAUCCAGGUUUAUCAUCCUACAAGACAUCUGACAGGGAAGUUAAAUAGCACUCCAGACACAUUUUUUAAAACUUACUUGGGAUACAAGGAAUGUUAGUGUUUUUCUCAACAGGUGGGCAUUCAAGCUGAAGCCUGUGUCUUUACAGUAUGUGUGUGUACAUAAUGUAUAAAUUCCCAGGUAUUUUAGUGUCUGCAUUUAUACCCUGCCUGGAUUCCCAGUUUUGUAUUCAGUGCUUUGUGUGUGUGUGAGUGCCAAAUGACAUCUUAAAUUCUUGGACCUUAUUUAAAGAGACAUUGGGUAACUUGGAAUCUUCAACAAGAUCUUCAGUACCGUUUAACUCUACGAAGCUUGCAUCUGCUCUUGCAGUAUGAAAGACAAACAUGCUGUUUCUUCGGGGUAACAAGUGUAAACCGUCAGUCAAUCUUUUGCUCUCUAGAAUAAAGGAGUUGCAAAAAGUAAGGUCUUAGCAGAUGAGGCUUUUGAUCCUGUAGAGACAAGGUUGGUUUUAUGUAGCACGAUAGAGCGAUGGCAGAGGGUUCCCAUCGUUCCAGCACUCUCUGAUAGAGUAACGUGGCACCUAAACCUGUUUGUUGAUGGUGUUCAAAGGACAGCCAGACAACCCUGGUAGCCACAGCCAGCCCAACAGCUGCACACACUGAGAUAGUCUCAAGCGCUCUGUAGUAUGGCAGUGAAGCCUGCAGCUCUGUUAGGUAAGAGUCAGCAAGGGUCCCAGUAUAGCGCUGGUGGGAGUGUGGUGCCCAGUAGCUUGUGGCUCUGGGACUGGUGCCUACAACUGUUCAAAAUGAAAGGAAGCAAAUCACCCCUGGCACAUGCAUGUGAAAUGACAUUCAAUUAGAGAAACCUAGGAAAUGCUUUCUUGUGCUGUGAGCAGCCACACUUGUACCUCUGCUGCAUGAAGUCCAGAUAACUGCAUGGCUGACUGCCCUUACGCUCAACGUCUGUCUGCAGAACUCGUGGGAGAAUAUACUGGGGCCCGUCACCAUCCAGCCCUGCAUGGGACUGAUUUUCUUUAGAGCUGGCCAGAGGCAAUGCAAAUUGUCCAGAAGCUGAAAGCACAUAUUGCGGUUAUGCCUGAACCCUGGUCAUGGUUGUGUCUUGUGCAUAUUCCAACAAACACACUCACUAGUUCCCAAACUAGCCAGCAACUCCUGUACUGUCCCAAGGUGAACUUGUGUUAGGAGUGGAGCCAGAUAAUCACUGAACUGGAGAAUAAAUGCACCAUGUGUCUCUCCUGUUCAAAACCACUCUAAUUUCAAACAUCUUGCCUCAACAACGAUCUGUUAACAAACUGCAGGCCAAGAAUCUGUCAGAAGAAUUUAAAUACAAUUCUGACAAGAUCGGAACUAGAUAGACAAAAACUUUACCAACCUGUGGCUAAAACAAAGCUAAUCGAGUAAGUGAUGGCCCGGGUGGGGACAGAAGGUGAUCUCUCAGGGAUCUUCUUUGUCGUGCAGCUGUGGCCUCCAAAAGCAGGAGAUGUAUUUGAGGUGUUUAAACUCACUACAGGAAAUAGAGAGUGGACCUGGGUACCAGAGGGUGUUUUCAUUACUCUGAAAACUGAAAGAAGAGGUUGAAGCUGGGAGCAGGCUAGUGUCGCAGUCCAGGGGGUGAUGCACUGAAAUGUGAAGCGAGUUCCCAAGAGCUUCUGAAAGAACCAUUUUCUGAAAAGGAGCUGGCAGAGGUGUAGACGUAAGAAAUAGUCUGUCUCCCUCCAGGGGGGCAAAUGAAAUACACGGGGAGCCCUUUGCUAAAUGCUAUAGGAUGCUAGAAACUCGAGACAGUCCAGUGCUGAUCUUACACUAUUUUCUAGCGUUAUGAUACUCAAAUCAUUAUGCUACUGUCUAUCACUUGUCAAUACUGUUUAGGAGAAGUGCCUGAAUUUCUGGUGUUCUGUUGACAAUUGCAAAAGCCCUUCUGUGGUAGUGUUGGAAUAAGUUUUCAGCUUUAUUUAGGUUCUGGCAGAACAAACUGGCAAAACUACAUGAGUUGGAAGAGGAGGAAGCGAGUUUCAGGUACGAAGACGUCUCUGUGCCGCUCUCUGAGAUGCUGCUGCGUGUCAUUAAAAGGGAUGUGAAGUGCGGAGUCUCCAUCUGGACUGUGAAUAUGCAUUUAAGCUGGCUGAACAUGACUGCAGAGCAAAGGGUGAAAGCUUUCCAGCUGGUCAGCAUGUUUAGGAGAGACUUGAGACCUGAUUCUUGGUUCUUCAGCUUUCUGGUUGGUAGUCUGUCCAGGAGUCUCUUUGCCUUUGCAGCCCUUGCCAAGAAUCAGACUUCUAAAGGUUUUGCUCCUGUCACGAUUGAGACCUCAAGACACAUGUACGAAUAUGUGGCCACUGCUUUGGACUGGUGGCACGCAGACAGAUACUGUGAGCAACGCUUUGCUCAGCUGCUUUUUGAACCCCAAGAGAGUGAGCAAGCUUCCUUUAGCAAACUGCUGCAGUCCCACCACAUCAGAGGUUCUGUCUGGCUAAAUGAAAGGGAUGGUGUCCUGCACAAACCAAAAUGGAGACGGGACCACGUUGUACCAGUCCUGGUGUUCAGAGACAAAACAGACACAAAAUAUGUGAAGGUGCUCUCUGACUUCCCGGCGCUGCCUGCUGUCACAGCCUGUGCCCACCUCCAGUGGGACACCAGGACCCAGGAGAUUGCUACCAUCUUCUCCUAUGCUGUGCCAGCUUUUAUUAACGAGUUCCAGCUCCGUGGCUUUGUCGACGAGGAAGGCUUUGUUCGAUUUGCUCUCAUAGUCCACGGGCACCAUUCCCCAUACCUGCCCGUGUUCCGUGCUGAUGGACAGUGGCAUCACUUCUGCGUGACCUGGCAGCAGGAAAACGGGACCUGGGCCAUCUAUGCCGACGGUAAAAGGAGGGCAUCUGCCAGCGGUUUGUGUGCUGUGGGGCCGUCUGCCCCCCAGGCCAUCUAUGGCCAGGGGACUUUCAUAAUUGGACAGGAUCAAGAUUCCCUGGGGGGCACCUUCAGGGCGAAAGAGUCCUUCAGUGGGAACAUCACCGACUUGCACGUCUGGCAGAAAGUCCUCGGCGCAGAGCAGAUAGAGAAAGUUCGGUCGUGCUGGGUGGUAGAGCAAGACCUUGUGUUUGGGUGGAGCUCAAAUGCUCUGGAGGUUGAAAGGACCAUUCAGGAAGUGACCGCACAGUUUCUUUGCCCAGGGCCUGUUGAGGAAUGCCGAGUUUUUGAAGUUGGCAGCAGUGGAUUCAGUUACACAUCUUGUUUGCAGUCUUUGCCUUUUAUCUGUCGCUACAGAAAGGAUGCAUACUGGCAACUGAAAAAAGCUCACCUGGAAUCCAGCCAUUCGCUUGUUGGCCGUGUGAACACGCUUGCAGAGAGGACUGUGAUUCCUGAGAACAUCUUCACAAGUGAUGUCCAAGACAUGAACCUCUCUGUUGCUCUUGGUGCUCUUGAUGUCUUGGCAAGUGUUCUGAGGGAAGGAGAGACACCCGUGCUAGAGUCAUCUGACCUCCUGGCGGUGCUUCAAUUACUAAAGCAAGUUUCCGAUGUGGAAAUCCAGGAGGGAGAGGAGCUGAAGAUUUUGGAGCAGUUGGGCCAGUAUUACAUGGAAGUGACUGAGUUAAUCUUGGAAGAGCAGAAUAUUGAAACAUGGUCAUCAGUCAGCCAGGUUAUCAGAGGGCCCAUGGCUGUUGUUGAGCUCUGCAACAGAAUGGUGUCGCACUUAGCCCCACUGCUGACGGCAGGGAGGACAAAGGUCACGAUCCAGCACAGGAAUGUUGGGAUGGAGGUCAGGAAGCUGGAGCUGAGCAGGCAGGAGUUGAGCAGUGAGGUGUACCAGGUCCAGAGCCCUGAGAAAGGCAGGCACGACUUCAUUGAAGUUCCCACAGAAGAAAUGCAAAGACUGAAAUCCAAAGGUCUCCGCAGAGUCAUGGUGAAAAAUAUGUGGUUCGGCUACGGCUCCCUGCAGCGCUGCCUGCCCGGCACCGGCAGCAGUGCUGUCUUCCAGGACGUGGCUGCCUCUGAUGGAGGACAGAAGUACCUGAGCACCACAGUGGGCACUGCUGUGAUCUCAUCUGCUCUGCUCAGCGACUACCAGGAGAUAAGCACGUCUGUGCGCUACCACCUGCAGCACCGCAUCCAGGAUCUGCCCAAUAAGCUGGUGGGGCCCAUCUGUGCCUUCUGGAACUUCAGCCUCAGCCCUGAUGCUGGUGGGAUGUGGUCCACAGCCGGCUGCUCUGUGGUAACAUCUCUCCCAGAUUCCACUGCCUGUUUUUGCAACCACACCACGAACUUUGCUGUGCUGCUGCAGGUGUACGAGAUGCAGAGGACCACCAAGGAGGAGCUCACACUGCAGACCUUGACUUUUAUUGGAUGUGGAAUUUCCUUCUGUGCCUUGAUAGUUACCUUCAUUUUAUUCUUGGCAGUUGGUGUCCCCAAGAGCGAACGAACAACUGUGCACAAGAACCUGAUCUUUGCAUUAGCUGCAGCAGAAGCUCUGCUCAUGUUCAGUGAGUUGGCCAAGACCAACCAGGUGGUGUGUUUCAUGGUCACUGCCUGCCUUCAUCUCUUCUUCAUGGCAGCUUUUUCAUGGAUGCUGGUGGAGGGGCUUCUCCUGUGGAGCAAAGUGGUAGCAGUCAACAUGAGCGAAGACAGGAGAAUGAAGUUCUACUAUGUGACAGGCUGGGGCCUGCCAGUCAUUAUUGUGGGUGUGACCCUUGCAACUUCCUUUAACAAGUAUGUGGCAGACAACCAUUGCUGGCUGAACGUUCAGACCAAUGUCAUCUGGGCCUUUGUUGGACCUGUUCUCUUCAUCCUGGCUGUGAACACCUUUGUGCUGUUCCGGGUGGUGAUGGUGACGGUGUCCAGUGCUCGCAGGAGAACAAAGAUGCUGACGCCCAACAGCAGCCUGGAGAACCAGAUUGGAAUACAGAUAUGGGCCACAGCCAAGCCUGUCUUGGUGCUGCUGCCCGUGCUGGGGCUGACCUGGGUGUGUGGGGUCCUUGUCCACCUCAGCAUCAUUUGGGCCUACGUCUUCAUCGUGCUGAACUCCCUCCAGGGCCUAUACAUAUUCCUGGUCUAUGCAAUCUAUAACAGUGAGGUGAGGAAUGCUAUCCAGAGGAUGAAGGACAAGAAGAAAGCACUCUCAUUUACAAACUGCUCGCAUCCCAUCAACUAUUUAUCAAGUCCAAGAAACACGACUUCCUGGGAGACAGGGAAACUGAGUCCUUCUGCAGCUGAGAGUGCCUUGUCGAGCCCUGUGCAGAAAGACCCUCCGGUGAAGAACAUCACCAACAAAGGAAAUUUUGGAGCCAAAAUUCCCAUGGGGAUUUCAUCGAUUAUGUCACCUGAGAGACCGGCUGUAGAGCUGACAGCGUUCAAAUCCUCAGGUUUCUGAGAAGUUUCUGGGUGACGGGUCCACAACGCUGAGGCUCUUCCAGCAGCCGGGAGGAUGGCAGGUCGGAGGAGCUGACUUCCAUGCGGAGGGCUGUCCCGGCCCAGGCAGAAUUGUUAGCCCUGUGCUUCUUCCUAGCAGCAUGUGCAGACAAAACGAAGGCAGGACUGGGGUAGCGUGGGGUCUCACGGGGCUUCAUCUGCUGCUGCAGACUGUCCUGCUCCUGGCCAGGGGCAGCAACCAACAGGCAGGUACCCUUCGUGACUCCUGCCCAGCCUGCGUGCCGGCCCGGGGGUCCCCACGGCUCGUGUAGCCUCCGCUGGCGCAGCCAAGCCUGGCCUGGUGCGGCGCUGCCACCAGCCACCCCGCGGCACCGCCGGCAGCGGGUGGUUGUGUGUGUUGCUGCCAGUAGAGCUUGUUUAGCAUGGGGGACCUGGGGCAGGUGGCAUGGGAGAAAGCCCAGCUUUGCCCAUGGCAGCCGUGCCCAGGCAGAGCUCCCGUGCCGGCGGGGACGGCUGCCUUCCCCAGCCCUGCUGCCGGCCCGGCACACCGCCCUGCUGGGCAGGGCUGGGGAUGGGAUGUGUAGGAAGCACAUGCACUAAGGAAGGCAGCAGCUGACUUCAGUAGCAUCUUCUGCUGUUUAGGACAAAAAUCCUUUCCCUGCUCCUCCCGGGGCUCCCACCCCGCUGGUGUGGCCCCUCACCAGCUGGGGUCACAGUUUCUCCCCCCCUGUUCUUUGCAUCUGACUCGUUCUCCUGUUACCUCCCUAGUGUUUAGAGCACAUAAAAUGUGUUGGGGUUUUUGCUGAUUAUGGUGACAGUAAAUGCUGAUUUUAAAGGCAACCUUCUCUCCUCGUUGCAAUGUAUGCAUGGGACCGGGCUCGCGUUCAGGCGCAGCAGUGUGCCGUGGCUGAGCGCAUGGGAGGGCAGUCUGGCCGCGGUGCCGGAGACCCGGGCCCUGCACUCGCCCGUGCGCUGUCUCCCGUGUUGCGCUGCGUUCCCUGGUCUCAGCACAGUGUGUGCUGGCCAGUAUGGAUUUAAGCGCUGUUGGGAAGUGCAGCCCUGGAGCAGCCCUGUGCUGGUCAGAAGCGUGAGAUGUGAGUGCAGCCCAUCGCUCCGGUUAGCAGUCAGCCAAGCAGCCUCUCCAGCUGCUGGGAUCGGGGAGAGCCAGUGCAUGGGGCACUUCCCAGCACUGGAAUACUUUCAGACAGGUCAUCAAAGCUAUUGCAGAGCUCUGUGCUUUGCUGCGGGUUUGCUCCCUG